UUUGUGUGGGCCGAAACAAGUCACACCAACAAAAACCUCAUCUCUCAAUUCACACUAUUUUGCCUACUCAUUUCCUCCAAACGUCAAAACCAAAAUCACAGCAGCAGCAGCAGCCAUGGCUGCCACCAACACAAUCCUCGCAUUCUCAUCACCUUCUCGUCUCCUCACUCCUCCUUCCUCCAAUCCCUCUUCCUCUCCCCAUCUCCGUUCCUCUUUCCGCGGCGUUUCUCUCAACAACAACAACAACCUCCACCGUCCCCAAUCCGUCUCCUUCUCCACCAGAGCUCCAUCGAAAGCCUUGACUGUUGUUUCCGCCGCGAAGAAAGCUGUUGCAGUCCUCAAAGGUACUUCCGAUGUCGAAGGAGUUGUUACUUUGACCCAAGAUGAUUCAGGUCCUACAUCUGUGAAUGUUCGUAUCACCGGUCUCACUCCAGGGCCUCAUGGAUUUCACCUCCAUGAGUUUGGUGAUACAACUAAUGGAUGUGUCUCAACAGGACCACAUUUUAACCCUAACAACAUGACACACGGAGCUCCUGAAGAUGAGUGCCGUCAUGCGGGUGACCUGGGAAACAUAACUGCCAAUGCCGAUGGCGUGGCAGAAACAACACUAGUGGACAAUCAGAUUCCUCUGACUGGUCCUAAUUCUGUUGUUGGAAGAGCCUUUGUGGUUCACGAGCUUAAGGAUGACCUUGGAAAGGGUGGCCAUGAGCUUAGUCUGACCACUGGAAACGCAGGCGGGAGAUUGGCAUGUGGUGUGAUUGGCUUGACGCCGCUCUAAGUCUGGGCUAAGUAAGUACUCUUAUGUCUACUGUGUUGAUCUUGUCUGUUUGAAUCAGAUGUCAGAAUCUUAAGCAAAUAAUGUUUGGCUGAAUAAACUUGUGAUGUUUUAUGUUCAUUGCAUCAAACUCUCUUUUUGGAUUUGUGACAGUGAUUUGAUACUUUUGAUACAAAUUUGCACUUGAUCGUUUUAGUACAUUUUGGUUUAUUUA